GCACCUAGUGACCCCUCUGUUUUCUCCCACUCUGUUCACUGUGUAUGUGAUAGUAAUUAGUUUGUGGUAACUUGAGCCACAGCAAAUGAAAUGGAACACUUUUAUACGGAAAAGCAUUGAUUAGGCAGUAUGUAAAUAGUAGUGGUCAAAGGGUAAGGGAAGGCAGAAUGCAAUUACAAAUGUAAACAAAAGGCAUGAAGGGGGGACAUUUGCAUUCAGACUUACAAAGGGGCACAUAGUUUACAGGAUCAAAGGGUUAAACUAGAAGGGGGCAGGAGGCAGAAAGGACACACAGUUGGCAUAUGGCAAGUUCAAGAUGUGACAAGAUCAAGGGGCCAAACCAGUAUUUCUAUAUUUACUUAAAUAAAGGAUCUGAGUAUUUCUACCGUUGUUAAUUCUUAACUAUGAGGUAAGGGCUCGUAAAUAAAACUUUGGUCGGUUUUAUUUUGAAAAUCAGCCAGGAAGAGUUACCGGAGGCAGGUGAACUUACCGAGGCUAACAUGCUAACUCUUUCCGUUACCUACCACGUGCGUUACCAUAAGAUCCAGUCGGAGUGAACCAGCAGAGCCUGUAUGUUUGGAUAAACCUGUUGAAGCGGACUUUGUGUGAACUUUCGGGAUGUUUCACCGCAGACUCAUCUCCUGUUAGCCAAGAAUGCUAAAGGAAGUUAGCGCAGCUUGCUAGCAGGAAGUAGACGGAGACGGAGCUCGGCCUCACAGUGCUAGUCGGAGUAGCUUCGAUAGAGACCAAACUGUAUUUUUCACGGAGCCAAAGUGUCCAAAUGUCCGGACAGACCUGUCUGAAGAGACUCUGCGCUCUUCGCUUUAUUUGAAAAUGUUUAGCAUCUGAAUUAUCUCCCGGCGUCCUACGGAGCUAAUGGAGUUAGCUUAGCUUGCUAGCAGGAAGUAGACGGACGCGAACGUGAUGUAACUUAGCAACACAGCGCGCAUCAGAGUGAGCAGACAGUUUUUAACGGAGUGAGUCUGGAGGAAAAGCUGCUGUGAAGCUGUGAAAAUGUUUAAAAUCCAGAACGAGGAGGAACUUUGUGGACAACGCAAACUACUGGACGCUGUUUUCCAGCCUGAAGUCCGGCUGCACAGAGCAGACAUCCAGCUGCUGUUGGUAAGUAAAGAAGAGGAUCCCCCUGAGCAGCAGGACUGGAGCCCCAGUCUGGACCAGGAGGACCCACCAGAGCCCCCACACAUUAAAGAGGAACCGGAGGAACUCUGGACCAGUCAGGAGGGAGAGCAGCUUCGAGGGCUGGAGGAGGCCGAUAUCACCAAGUUCCCAUUCACUCCUGUCCCUGUGAAGAGUGAAGAAGACGAUGAAGAGAAACCUCAGUCCUCACAGCUUCAUCUAAGACUAAGUGAAAAGAUGAAAACAGAAGCUGAUGGAGAGGACUGUGGAGGACCAGAACCAGCCAGGAACUCAGAUCGAGAUAGACAUUUACAACCGGCUACUGAUGCCAAGAUGUCCGACUCUUCUGAACCUGAGACUGAUGACAGUUGUGAUUGGGAGGAGACCAGGGAACCUCAGUCAGGUUUAAACCCUCUGCAAAAUAACAGUGGGUCUAAUUCUGGUGAGAAAUCAUUUAGCUGCUCUGAGUGCGGUAAACAAUUCAGCCAUAAGUCAAGUCUGAAGAGACACACGAGAAUUCACACAGGAGAGAAACCAUUUAGUUGUUCUGUCUGUGGUAAAGGAUUCAGACAAAAGGAACAUCUGAGACAACACAUGAGAAGCCACACAGGAGAGAAACCAUUUAGUUGCUCAGUUUGCAGUCAACGAUUUAGACGAAAGGUAGGUCUGACACACCACAUGACACUCCACACGGGGGAGAAAGGAUACAGCUGCAGUGUUUGUGACAGAGGAUUCACUCGGCUUUAUUGGCUCAAAAACCACCAGUGUGUUGGUCUUCAGGCCUCACAGCUUCAUCAAAGACAAACUGAAGAGAACAGAGAUGUAGAGCAUUUGAAAUCAGAAGCUCGUGGAGAGGACUGUGGAGGACCAGAACCAGCCAGGAACUCAGAUCCAGAUAGACAUUUACAACCAGCUACUUAUGACAAGACAUCACACUCCUCUGAACCUGAGACUGAUGACAGUUGUGAUUGGGAGGAGACCAGGGAACCUCAGUCAGGUUUAAACCGUCUGAAAAACAAUGAAGUACCUGUAAGUGAUGUGCAAUGUAAUACUGGAAAAACAUCAAGUAGCUCCUCUGAAUUUGCUACAAGUUUUGGCCAAAAGGGACAUCUGCAGGAACAAGAUGGACUCCAAACAGGAGAGAAACCAUUUAGUUGUUCGGUUUGUAAAAAAAAUUUCAAACGGAGAGAUAGUGUUGUGAGACACAUGAUAAUCCACACAGGAGAGAAACCAUUUAGUUGCUCAGUUUGUAAAAAAACUUUAAAAUGGAGAGGAGAUGUUGCGAGGCACAUGAGAAUUCACACAGGAGAGACACCAUUUAGUUGCUCAGUUUGUGGUAAAAGAUUCUCCGGGAAGAAGUCCUUAACAACUCAUAUGAGACUUCAUUCAGAAGGAAAACGUUUCAGCUGCUCAGUUUGCAAAAAAACUUUUCAGAGGAGAGCUGAUGUUGUGAGGCACAUGAGAGUCCAUACAGGGGAGAAACACUUCAGUUGUUCUGUCUGUGGUAAAGGAUUCACAGAAAAGUCAACUUUGACCUCACACUUAAGAGUUCAUACAGGAGAAAAACCUUUCAGCUGCUCAGUUUGUAAGACAAGUUUCAGUGACAGAAGUGGUUUGUCCAGACACAUGAGAAUCCACACAGGGGAGAAACCAUUUAGUUGUUCAGUUUGUGGUAAAACAUUUUCGCGAAAGGGAUAUCUUAGAGAUCACCUGGCUGUCCACACCGGGGAGAAACCAUUUAGUUGUUCAGUUUGUGGUAAAACAUUUGCACAAAAGAGAACUAUGAGAGAACAUUUGACUGUCCACACCAGUAAGAAACCAUUUAGUUGCAGCGUUUGUGAUAAAAGAUUCACUCGGCUUGCUCACAUGAAAACCCACAAGUGUUCUGGUGAGACGAGCCGAAGGAAAUGAAGCUGCAAAGUUGCUUGUUGAGCCAAUUUCUUCCUGCAGGAUUGAAGUACUGAGGGCAAGACUUGGCUCAACACUGAUCAGUUCAAAACUGUGAUACAGACUCCAAAAUAAGUCGUGCUUCAUCUUUUCAGCUGAGAUGAAGCUAUGUGAUCAUUUUAAUUCUGUUUUUAUUUGUGUCUACAUUAUUUGGUCGUUUUCCGAGAACUGUACUUUUGGGUAUUACAUGUAUUCCUUGAUUUAAAAUUGUCUAAAAGUAUUUUAUGUCACCUAUGGUCAACGUAUUGUUUUAAAAUGUGAUUUAUAAAUGAAAUGACUUAACUUACCUCCCAAUAACACAAUGUAUUUCUAAUUUAAUGGACUCUCCCGGUCUUGAAUAGAUCUCAUAAUGUGUAAAACAUGAACAGUUGAUUCUUAAACUGCUCAUACUGUAUUUGUGUUAUUUCAGUCAAAUCACAAAUCUUUAGACAAACUUUGAUUUGACACAGUUGGACGGCUGAUGUGUUGGAUUUACCCAGUUGCCUCGUGUGGAUGUUUAUUGCAGUUGUUUUGUUAUAGACAUAUCCCUCCGCCCCGGCUCAGCAAGGAAACAGUCUGUGGAAACAUAAAGAGGGAGUUCUGUAGAAAAAAGACGAAGUUUGGAAGAUCCUCACUUGAUGUGUCGAAUUCAGACUGCUGAAGCCUCAGAUUAACGUCCCCUGAACUUCACAAUGCAUUUGUUUCAGUUACCAUCGCGUCUGUUCGGAUCGGGUCAUGACAUUGUGGUCUGUUUUAAACUGGGUCCAGACUUUUGGACCUAUGAAGACCUCUUCAGACUCUUUUCAACCAGCAGCAGCAGUUUCUACAUGUGCUUAUCUGUAAAAUGUCACUGAGACUCACUAACACAUCAUUGAUUCAAACUUGUGGCUUCAGCUUUAUUUAGUAGCUUCAUGGUUCAUGUGUCUUUAUUUCCCUCCUGAUUCAACCAGGAGGGUUUCAGGUCCAUCACAGUCUGUCCCAGUCUUCCUGCCUCUCUAGUUUUAUACUUCAGAUUGAAGCUCUAAAGCCUCAUUUCAACUCUGCUGAACAUAAGAAUAUUUUGACUUGUUUCAGGUAUUUUCUAAAAUCAAGUGUUAUUUUUCUUGAUUUCCGCGACGCGACCUGCCGUCUUCUGUCUUGUUUCAGGAUAAAGAUUCAUUUUGAGAAGAUUUUUGAAACAAGUACAUUUUUUACUGGAAACUGGUUAUAAUAUUCUCACGGCUUAAACAUGUUUUAAUUUUUUUUAAGAAAAUGUUUUUAAAAGCUCAAUAACAGGAAUAAAUUAGUAAAUACAAUGUUUUUUAAUGAUUAAUUUUCUUCUGAUUUAUGAUAUGAAUCCAGUGUAAACUUUUUGUAAACCAUUAGAAGUUACUAAUAAAAAUGUGUAAUGCUUUAA